UUGAUAAGAUAGCACAUACAUACAAUAUCACAAAAAAAAGAGCGGAGCAAUUUGUCGCCCUUCGUAGUAAACAAAUAUUAGUUACGCUGGACUUCAAAGGCCGAACGGUCGCUUGCUUCCUUUGCAAAAAUAAUAUUAGUACAGCGAUAUGAAAAUGACGGGCAGAUCCCUGGGCAGAAAGGCGUUCUUGUGGAUAUGUAUGGUUUUCCUAAUGGGAAGGAUCUCUCACUCGGAUGCGGAUUCAAUUGACGAUCAAUGCAGGCACGCGGACAGCUGCGAAAGAUGUUUAUCCACUCAUCUGGAAUGCGCUUGGUGCACGGACAAGGAAUACCAAGUGGGAUAUCGCUGUCUCACUCGCCGGCAACUACUUAUCUACAAUUGCAGUGACCCGGAUAUAUACGAGAACCAGCCGGUCCUAGAUGUCCUUCAGGAUAGGCCCCUAAAGGACUACGAAACCAGAGAUCAGGCGGUUCAAGUGACACCCCAGCGGGCAUACCUUAAGUUGGUGAAAGGAAACACGCAAAGAAUCAAGCUGAGCUAUAGAACUGCACGCAACAAUCCACUUGAUUUGUACGUAUUGAUGGAUCUAACCUGGACAAUGAGGGAUGACAAGGAAACCCUGGAGGAGUUGGGAGCCCAACUCAGUCAGACGCUAAAAAACUUAACAGGAAACUAUAGACUGGGAUUCGGUUCCUUCGCGGAUAAGCCAACGGUACCCAUGAUUCUGCCACAGCAUAGGGAAAAUCCGUGUGCUGCGGAGCGGGCCAAGUGUGAACCAACCUACGGAUAUAGACAUCAGUUAUCGCUAACCGACGAUAUCCCAGCAUUUACCUCGGCUGUGGCAAACAGCAAGAUCACUGGAAACCUGGAUAACCUCGAAGGCGGCUUGGACGCUCUAAUGCAGGUUAUAGUGUGCACCACGGAAAUCGGCUGGAAGGAACAAGCUCGGAAAGUGGUGAUCUUAGUAACCGAUGGCUUUAUGCAUUUAGCGGGAGACGGGCUUCUAGCAGGUAUUAUCCAGCGCAAUGAUAAGCAGUGUCAUCUGAAUACAGCAGGUGAAUACACGGGCUCAUUGGACUACGACUACCCCUCGCUGGAAGAAAUAUAUCGGGAGUUGCUUCGCCGCAAGAUAAAUGUAAUCUUUGCUGUCACCAAAGAGGUGGUAAGCAGCUAUAGGGAACUCAGUGCCCUAAUGAAGGAAAUCAGCUAUGUGGAUAUCCUGAGUGCUGAUUCCUCUAAUAUAUUAGAACUAAUCAAAAAGAGCUAUGAGAGUCUGAUUACACGCACUCAGUUUGCCGAUAAUAGUCCGGACUUUAUUGACAUGGCAUACUAUACGGAUUGUGGUGGACAGUUUCCCAGUUUGCAAAAACGGAAUUACUGCUAUAAUGUCAGUCUGGGCAAGCAAAUUGAUUUUUUCGUGGACGUCACCCUCAAGAAAUAUCCCGAUAAUCAGGAUUAUAGCCACAAAAUCCGUGUAGAGGAAACCUCCUUGAGCGAGUACAUGGAUUUGGAUGUAGAGCUUCAGCGACCGUGUCCUUGCCAGGAAACUCCAGAUCCGACUAACGAGGAAGGCCGUUUCCUAUGCGAUUAUAAGGGCUUUUUGUACUGCGGAAUGUGCAAAUGCGACGAGGGGUGGACUGGAACCUAUUGCACCUGUCCCACGGAUGCCACAAAUGUCACCAGCAAUGAAGCUCUGCUCCAGAAAUGCCGUCAACCGUUUUCGGAUAAAUCCACUUCCGAAUUGGUUUGCUCCAAUCACGGAGACUGUGACUGUGGCACUUGCCUGUGUGAUCCUGGAUAUAAGGGUCCCUUUUGCGAGUGUCGCGAAUGCGUGGACUGCGAUGAAAAGCUGGCAGAUUGUUUCUGCGGCCAAUGCGUUUGCAAAUACGGAUGGUCGGGAACCAAAUGCAACUGCGAUGGGGACACCGAUGCUUGUGUGGGCCCCACGGGCGAAAUAUGUUCGGAAAGGGGCACCUGCGAGUGCGAAGAGUGUCACUGUGAGGAGCCGUAUUUGGGAAAAUUCUGUGAAACUGAUCCAGAAAAGGACAACAAACUGUGUUUGUUCUAUGAGCCCUGUGUUACCUGCCUGAUAGAACAAAAACAGGGAAUGGGCGCUUGCGAAAACUUAACUGAUAUAUGCAGUAGCUUGGAUAGACAAGAAACCUAUCCGUACAACUUUGUCCACGAGUUGGAUCCCGAGCAGGAUCAAUGUUUGGUGAGACUGGUGAACAAACAUGGCAUCCAAUGUGACAGCUUCUUCGCCUAUCAGGUCAUCGACCACUCAAACUUCUUGACCAUCCAAGCAGUUGAUUGCGAGCCCGUGGAUUACGUGGCUAUUGUGGGUUAUAUAUCGGCAUUUACUCUGCUGGCUGGACUUUUGAUCAUUUUCCUAGUUCUGUGGUGCAUUCGAGCUAAGGAUGCUAGGGAAUAUGCCAAGUUUGAGGAAGAUCAGAAGAAUAGUGUCCGACAGGAGAAUCCCCUUUACAGAGAUCCUGUAGGAAGAUAUGAAGUGCCCAAGGCACUAAGUGUUAAGUAUGAUGAGAAUCCUUUCGCAAGUUAACUCGAAACUCGUUGUUUAAAAGUUAUUAGGUUACACUGGUUGCCCUUCUUUUCGUCUUAAAAUUUGAGUCAUAAUUUUUAAGCUCUUUUUAUGAGAAUUGCGAGUUGACAAAAACAUUAAGUGUUUAUUAAGAAGUAUUAAAAAGCCUAUAUAUAAAAAUGCCAA